UCUCAUUUAGCACCUAAUGUCAUAAUGUUUUAAUUAGUUUUUUUUCUCUAAAAAAUCAAAUUAACAAAUUUAAAAAGCAUGUGCAAUGUAAAAUAUUUUCUCCUAGCAUAAGAGAAAAAUUCAUGUUUAAUAGAAGGAAGUAAACACGCGCAGUUUAAUCGCACAUUUUCGACCCUUUCCGUCAAUCUUCGGAAAUUGAUAAUCGAGGUGUUACGAUUGCCAAAUGCGUAGUUUUAUCAUAAGGUGGAAUUCCCCCUAGUUUCUUUUUCAAUUUAUGUUCAAGUUUUCAAGCUGCUUAACAGGAUGUCUGACAUUCCUGAUUACACUUGCAACGUGUCACUCAGACUGUCUAAAGUACUUGAUGAGAUAGGAGUGAACGAAAGAAUGGUGAUAAAAACAAGGCGACUAGGGCUAAUGAAUGACACAAUACAAACAAUAGCACAACAAUUUACAGAUGAAGACGUGAAUGUUUAUACCAUAGGUAGUAGAGUAGAGGGCACAACAACAAUUGGACUUAAUUCUGACGAAGAUAUACUUUGCACACUUACCUGGCACAAAGUGAUACAGGACUGGAGUGAAUGGGAACCUGGUAAACAAAACCUGUUAAUGAUACAGGACGAUACUGUAUCACCAGGAUAUUGCUUAUUACAGAUACUGAGAAAUGAUGUUCCACUUCCAGAACAAAAUGUGUAUAAGCAAAGCUGGUAUAGAGAUAGUAAAGGAAGAGUAUUAUUAAAAAAUUCAAUAGUUAAUCCAGCGGAUGAUGUUGAGAGUGUUAGACAUGGUCCAGCACAAUCAUCGGAUGAAAUACCUGGUUUCUCUGCUUAUGACAUUGUCUUUGCAAUGACCUGUCAACAGUGGCCAUUACAAGCUAGACACUGGAUCAAUCAGCAAGGUGAAAGUCCAUGGCCUACACUCGAUAUGAGACAGUAUUGUAAAGGCACGGAAUGUUUUGUUGUAGGAGUUGGUAGCAAAAACAGUGUUAAUGAAGAACUUGAAUGGAGAAUAUCUACUUCCCUUGCUGAGAGAUUCUUAAUUUUCAAUUUCAAUAUAACACAAAUCAGAUGCUAUGUCUUAAUGAAAAUGAUUUUAAAAACGUUUAUAACUACACAAUGCCCUGACAGCAUUUCCAGUUACAUGUGCAAAACGGUCAUGUUUCAUUGUAUUUCAAGUACAUACAACAAUACUUGGAACGAAAAAACCUUGCUUAUCUGUUUGAAUUAUUGUCUUAGAGUACUUUACAAUUGUGUUCAAAAUAAUAACUGUCCGCAUUUCAUCAUCCCAGAGAACAAUUUAAUGGCGAGACGUUUUACUCCAGUAACAAAACAAGUCAUACUAGAUAGACUUUGUUACAUUAUUAGCAGUAACGGAAAUGCUUUACUUGAAAUAAAAUGUGAUCAACUUGGAAAUAGAAUUCAAAACACAUUUUUAAGAUUAGUAAAGAUCGUUCCUGAACAUGUGUCGUGUUUGAUGUCAGGACAACUGGUCAAAAAUGUUGCUUUCCAAGUCAAUGAAUUAAUCACGGCCUUGCUUGAAGAAAUGAAUAAAAUGAAUCACAUUAGACUUCUCUUGCAAACAUUAUAUAAAUACCUGAUGCAAUUAACUCAUGAUAUGAAUCAAGGGCACAAUAAAUUAGCAUGUACUACAAUAGCUAAAUUUCUAAGCAUGCAUUUAGGAUCUGCAUUGGCUUCUAUAAACAUACAAAGUGAACGCAGUGUCUGUCGAGAGUCUAUCGUUUUGAUGACGUUAGGUUUAAACAUUGAUGUAGCAUCAGGUAAGCUGAAACUAGCCUCAAUUUUAUAUUGUACUGGAGAUAUUGAGAGGGCAGAAAUCAUUUUGAAAAACAUUAAAGAAAAUUAUGAUCUCAGUGUAGUUGAAUCAAUAUGUCAGUGCUACGAUUUUAAAAAAUCUAAACGCAAACAGGCAUUCAAUAAAUUAUGUUAUGAAGCAAAUAAUGAAUAUGCAUUGUUACAGAGUAUAACUGCGUCAUGUGUCAGGUUUCUACGAUGCGAAAUAAACUGUUGUCCGAAGGAACUCCAACAUGAAAUGUUCAGAUCACCCCAGCAAGACCUCCCUUAUAGAAGUGACGAUGAUGACUGGAUGAAUUUGGCUGUUGUAGAUUCUCUACCUUAUAUAUACUUUCUACAGUAUAAGACAUAUUUUCAUCUCAGAAGACAUCGCGAUAAACAGGAUGCAAUUUCCAACCUUGCUAAAUGCAUUGUAGAGGAGCCAGAUUUCGGACACAGAGAAACAGCGCUUAACCUUCUAGGUCAGUGUUUGGAGCAAGAAAACAGAAUUGAUGCUGCUUUAAGGUGCUAUCUGUUAUCACUGAAAAUACGAGGCAGAAAUAACGCUGCAAAGUUUCAUAUCUGUAGACUUGUAAGCUCAGUGUUGAGUCGAGGCUUUCUUGAAUUCUAGAAAACAUAUCUUGUCAUGAACAAUGAGAUAUAUUAAAAAGAUUAUUUGAAUUAGGAUAAAAUAUACAUAUUCAGAUAUUGACGGUGCGUAUAGUUUUUGAAUGCUUUGAAUCUAAUGCAUUUGGCAGACUUGAAGAAAAUUUAAGACAUUUAAAGUAUUAUGUAAGGUUUUUUUUGACAAAAAUUUGAACAAAAUGAAAUUCACUAUGUAAUUACAAUACAUGUACAUGUACAUCUAAUGUUUACAAUCUUAACAUUUUAGGCACAUACAAAACUGUUUAUAUUUCUUUAACUGAAUACAUCAGCGUGCCAAGAGAAUAAUCAAAUCAUAGGUAUUUGAUAACAGUUAUCAGAUAAGGUAAAACAAAUAUAUUUGUUAAGCAGUUAUUUGGUUACAAAAGGACUUCCUAUCUUGAAAUAUGUCAGUGAUGAAUUGUUUAAAUACUUUUUUAUGAAAAACAAAAAUCCCAGUGAAGAUUAUAUAUGCAGAUCAAAUUUUACAUUUAUUUAUUUAUUUUUAUUUCUUACACAUUAGAAAUUGAAUAUUUUUGACUGUAUUAAUCAAUGUUGUACUAUUGUGUUGUUAAUCUAGAAACAGUAUAUAGUUACUUGGAUACAUAAAACAAAAUUUUUACCAAAAAUGAUAAAAAACAGUCUUAUGUUGAAAUUAUAUUGUGAUAUUAUAUAUUUUAGUACAAAUAUCGUGUAACAGUUUAUUAUUUAUUAUACGCCCGAAAUAUUGUUGCGUCUAUUUGUAUGAACCUGGCGUCCGUGCGGUCGGUAUCUUCCUCAGGUCAAGGUUAAGAUCACACUUAAGCAUCAUGUAUAAAAUACAAAAUUUCGUGUCCGCACAAGAUCUUUUGCACCGAUAGAUGGAAAUUAAAAAUAUUUCCAAGAAAUUUUAAUUAUAAUGAGAUGACGGGCGGAAGCCUGGUUUAGAUUUUUCCUUAUCAAAAUUGGUCCCGUCGUAGGGUUUAUAUAGAAAAACACACUUGUGCCUCGUACUGUUCGUGGAACUACAAGCUUCGAUAUUUGGCAUGUAGCACUGCAAUGUAGACCUCUACUAAAGUGAUAUUCAUCAUGUCCAUUGGAUCAAUAUUGGCUCCUCCCGGGAGUCACCUGAUUGAUAUAGGUUAUCUAUUUAAAAACACAUUUAUGACUAAUUUUUGAGAAAAAAACUACAAUGCCCAUAAUUCUCAUACUUUGUUUGCAGAAUAGCUUUGUGGACCUCCAAAAACAACCUGAUUCAUAUUACAUUCAGUUUGUUGAUUUUUGACCCGCCCCAGGGUCACUUAGAAAAACAUAGACUUAAAACAUUGUUGUAUUGUAUAAAACCACAGAGCUUAGAUACUGGGCAUGACUUUCUUAGAAGUUUUGUGAAUCAUACACUUUGGGUUUGAUGAAUGGGUUUCUUCCCUAAUUGAAAAAUUAUUUUUGACUUCUAAAACUAACUUUUGUUCAGGCUUAUAUUACCCCGCCUUUGUGGAGCCUAUGUUUAUAUAAUAUUAUAUGUAUACUG